GGAAAAAAAAAUCAAUUCUAAAGAAAAGAAAAUUUGAGAGAGAGAAAGAAAAAAAAAGAGGUUAAGCCUUAGGCCAUGAGAGAGACGAAAAUGAUGGUCGAAGAGAAGAGGAUCCUCUGAGAUCAUCCUUGGAAAGGGCAGUAAUUGAAAAAAAACUAAAAAAUCACCAUUGCUACAGAUUAUAAUUAUUAUUAUUAUUAUUAAGUUUAAUUUUUCUUUGCUGCCUUUGUGUCUCAGCUCAUCAACUGACCACCUCCGCCACCCCAAUUGUUUGUUUGUUGUUUUUGUUAUUUGCAUUGCUACCUCCACAGCCACCACCUGCGAAAGGGAGAUUCUUUUGUACCCUUUUUGUCCUUCUUUGUGCUGCUGUUGUUGAGUUGAGAGAUAAGAGGAGGGAAGAUAAUAUUUUGAAGAGGGAUAUAUAUUUCAGCCAAAAGGGUGGUUUUAAUCAAUUAAAAAAAAUAAAAAUCAGAGAGCCUGAUAUGAUUAUCACCGGAAGCAAAGUCAUUGGGUUUGAUUUUAUCUAGGUUUUGCAUCGUUGUAAGGAAAUUUAUUUCGCGUUUGGAAAACAAAGGAAGUAUAGUUGUUAUUUUCAUUGUUUGUUGUAUUGGUUUGAAGGGGUUGUUUUAUACAUAAAAACCUGGCGAUUUUGAAUACCAAACACUGCUGCAUUGCGUUCGUCCAGAAAUGGGGGGUAUAUGGACCCCUAUUGGAUUCCGAUUACUGCGUUUCUUGGUUUUGAUUGCGAGUCUUGAAAUUCAAGGAUAUUGGUCUCUCAAUGCCGAUGGAUUGGCUCUGUGGGAAUUCCGCUCAGGGGUGAAUCAGGAUCCUUAUGGCGCCUUUGCAAAUUGGGAUCCAAAGGAUCCCACUCCUUGUUUGUGGUCAGGUGUUCAUUGUCUCAACGGUAAAGUGAUAAUGCUGGAUUUGAAAGAGCUGUAUUUGGAAGGAACAUUGGCACCUGAGCUAGCGAAGCUUAGAGACUUAAAAAUUCUUAUACUCCACAAAAACCGUUUCUCUGGUGCUAUUCCUAAAGAGUUUGGAGAGCUUACAAAGCUGGAGCUUUUGGAUUUAAGGAACAAUAAGUUGAGUGGAACAAUUCCAGUAGAAGUAGGGGGGAUGCUGUCAUUAAAACGCAUGUUGCUUUGCAAUAAUGAAUUUGAAGGUAGCAUUCCUGUGGAGCUCACAAGGCCAAACUUACAAUUUGAAUUGCAAUGUGAUGAAAAUCUUAUAUCUUCUGUGGUAGCUGGAAUUGGAUGUCUAAAUAGAAAGUGUGGACACCGCAUUCAGCAUACCAGUUUCAAGCAACUGAACAAGGCAGAAUCCUUUGUUAGCUUAGUCAAAGGAGUUCUCACUCGUUACCUCAAUCUCUUGCCGCUGCCAGUUUUGAAGCUUGGAAAGGAUUCUCUGGAUACUUAUGGAGACCAUUGCUGCACUUACCUGCCUGGUUCAUCUGAGACACACAUCGUUCAAUAUAUGCAGAAUCUUGUCAAUGUUGCACGUCGUAGGCUACAUGAACAGUCCAGUAACCUCCCUGCUGCACCUGCCACCAGUGGGCCUUCCCCCAACCAAAUCAUUGCUCUUCCAAUUGCCCGAAGUAGUGGAACUUUUCCUGCUGUGCCAAAUGCCAAAAAGAAUCUUCCUCAACCUGCACCACAGCCUUCAGAAGCUGAUGAAGGUUUUCCAUCUCCAAGCAACGAUGUUACAAUUAGCCAACAUUCCCCAAGCCCUCCUUCUCAGUCAACCGGUACGGAAUCUUCAGAUUCCAGUGGGAGUGCAUGGAGGUAUAUUUAUAUUGUUCCUGGUGGAGCAGCUUUAUUCAUAUUUGCUGCAGCCACAGUCGUCAUGUGCCGAACCAGAGCGGCGGAAACCAUUCGUCCAUGGAAGACUGGACUAAGUGGACAGUUGCAGAAAGCAUUUAUUACAGGAGUUCCCAAGCUGAAUCGAUCAGAACUGGAAACAGCUUGUGAAGAUUUCAGCAAUAUCAUUGACACGGGUGACGGUUGCAUUUCAUACAAAGGAACACUUUCCAAUGGAGUUGAGAUAGCUGUUGCAUCAACCACAAUCACUUCUGCCAAAAACUGGUCAAAGAGCUCGGAGACCAUUUACCGGAAAAAGAUUGAUACACUGUCACGGAUUAACCACAAGAACUUUGUCAAUCUCAUUGGCUACUGUGAGGAAGCUGAACCUUUCAGUAGGAUGAUGGUGUUUGAAUAUGCUCCAAAUGGGACUGUAUAUGAGCAUCUACAUGUCGAAGACCUGGAACAUCUUGACUGGAAUGCAAGAAUGAGGAUUAUUAUGGGAACGGCUUAUUGUCUUCAAUAUAUGCAUGAUCUGAACCCACCGGUAGCACAUACCAACUUACAUUCAAGUUGUAUCUUUUUGACAGACGAUUAUGCUGCUAAGGUAGCAGAGGUUAGUUUUCCUUCUCAAUCUGUACUCCAGUCAAAAGUCUCAGGUGAAAAUAGUGUAGGGAAAUCUGAACUGCCUCCUGUGGCUGAUCCAGAAACUAAUGUAUACAAUUUUGGCAUAUUAUUGCUUGAACUCAUUUCUGGAAAGCUCCCAUACUCAGAUGAACACGGGCCAAUUGAGAAAUGGGCUGCUGAAUAUUUGGACAACAAGGAGAGCAUCUGCCAAAUCAUUGAUCCGAACCUCAACUCAGUCAAAAACGAUGAAGUUGAUAUCAUCUGCAAUGUUAUUAAAGACUGCAUCCAACCAAAUCCUGAGCAUAGACCAACGAUGAAAGAUGUUGUUGCUAGAUUGAGGGAAGUGACUAACAUCUCGCCUGAUCAAGCCAUCCCAAGACUUUCUCCCCUCUGGUGGGCUGAACUUGAGAUCCUAUCCUCAGAGGCAACUUAAGUUCUGUCUACUCUUCUUUGUGCUUGUAACUCAAGUCUCUAAUUACUUUGAGUCUAUAUACAAAGAGUAACAUUUUACUUCAACCCUCCGAGACAAAUAUAUGCUGCCAACUCUUGUUUCUCAAUCUUUUUUGGUCUCCUUGAUUUCAUAAAUAAUAUAUAAUAUAUAAUA